AUGGUCCCCCGUUCGCAGGUAAAAUUCGGUCUGGAGCGCUACCAGAAGAAGACAUACUUGAGCCUGAUGAUCAUAUUCCACUUGACGUGCGUGAUAAUGAGUGACACGAGCCGGGCCUUCCACCUCAGCUACGUCCUCAGCUAUGUCGUCGAGUCAAUCUUCCUCGUCUGGGCGCUCGGGCUCUUCGCCACCUUCCUCUACGCCAGCCACAAGGUCAAGCUGCUCCUCCACAACCUUCCCUCGAGCCUGUUGGCCCGAGACUCGGCGAGCACCAAUCAGAAAGGUAUAAUGCAGCUAGCGAUCCUCGCGCCCUACAACAAGAGCCUGGCGAGCUCGGUAGCCGCGGCGCUCGUGCCCACCCUCUUAGGCCCGGCUACGAAGCUUCGAUCCCUCGACGAUUCCAAUCACCAGCUACGACUACGACAGCCGGCCAACGCACCCGGCGCUAACCAACAGCACCCUGACACCAAUCCAAGCUUGAGCUCUACCCAGCAGCGUAGCAAGCCAGCCACGAUGGUCCAUCAGGACAGCCUGAAACGGCGGCUCAUGGCGGACGCGCCGACCUCGACCGGUGACUCGGCGCAGCCCAUCAUCUCCACGGUGCCCGAGGUCUACGUUAGACCCCCGACCCCGACCCCCUCGCUCGCCAACCUGCCCAUCAUCACGGUCUCGAGCCCCAGCCGGCGCAGCUCGCUCGCCAGUAGGCGGGGCAGCGACGUCUCCAGGAUCUCCAGGAGGGCCUCCGAGUGCAGCGUCAGGUUCGUCGGCGAGGACGAGGUCAUCUCCCCGGCUGCCGAGUCGACAGGAAAACGCAGUGCGGAAAUCAACGCCGCAAGCCCGAGGAGCUCGCCGGUCUUCGAUCGCUCCCGCAGCCCCGAGACCGGUAUACUGCGCCGCAACUCCGAUUGCCCGUCGCCAACGUCGCCAAGCGGCAGCAGCCGCGACCUGAGACGCUGCUCUGACUUUGGGCAGGACUGCAACGGCAAGCAGGUGGGCCGCGUGUCCUCGCAGUUCGCCAACAAGCUCAGGAGGAACAGCGACUUCGGGAACCGCACGCCCCGCCGACACGAGCCCGACCAGUCCACACUCGCCAAGAUACUCGACGUCAGUCCCGUGGGCUCGAGGCGCAACUCGGAUCUCGGGGUGCUCUCGCCAACCCCCCGGGCGGUCGAGUCGAGGCGCAAUUCGGACGUGUCAUGCCGCAGCACCGAUCGCCGGAGCUUGGACCUUGGCAUCCGUGGACCGGCGAGCCGGCGCAGUAGUGACACCGGCGUCCGCGUCCCGGCCGGCGGACCCGACGACAGCGAGGCCCACCUGUCCGAGAUAAAAUCCGAGUCCGACUCCGAGCAGCAAGAUGGCGACUGCGGCAGCGAGAAGGUGGCGCUGGUGAACGGCGGGUCUACCAACGAGGAGCCCAAGACCCCAAGGAAGAAGAACCUCUCGUGGAAGAGCGACCGGCUCGCGGACGACCAGGAGGACAUCACUCCCGAGACCAGUCUGCUCAAGGACGCCACAGCGGCAACUGGGAUCACGGGCGCGGACUUUACGCUUCACUCGAUAUUAAAUCACAUCGCGUACGUGAACCGGGCGAGGUCGGACAUGCCGCUGCAUAUACCCGAGGCGUCGACGGCCGCAGCCAGGCGCUCCCAGCUCAGGAAGGUUCUCAAUGUCACCUACGCCACGGCGAUUCUCGGCAUUUUGCUCUGCGUCGCCGAUGUGGCCCGCAUUUUCGGACCUUAUGGUGAGUUGGCGGGAUCUUGA